UCGUCCCUGUGGGACACAGGCAUGACCAUGAGAAAAUCUGCCCAGGCCAUUCAGUGCCCACAUGGAAGCCCACACCUGCUUUCAAAGCUUCGCCCUCCCUCUGACCAGCAACUAAAGAAAGUGGUGCUCAUCACCGGCUGCUCCUCGGGUAUCGGCCUGCACCUGGCCCUGCGUCUGGCAUCUGAUCCAUCCAGGAGCUUCAAAGUGUAUGCCACACUCCGGGACCUGAGCACGCAGGGCCCAUUGUGGGAGGCUGCGCGGUCCCGAGGGUGCCCUCCUGGCUCCCUGGAGACAUUGCAGCUAGACGUGCAGGAUGCAGAUUCUGUGGCUGCAGCGCGGGCACGUGUGACUGAGGGACGCGUGGAUGUGCUGGUGUGCAACGCGGGCCGGGGUCUGCUCGGGCCGCUGGAGGCGCUUUCGGCAGACGCCAUGCACUCGGUGCUGGAUGUGAACGUGGUAGGGACCGUGCGCAUGCUUCAGGCCUUCCUGCCAGACAUGAAGCGCCGCGGCUCUGGACACAUAUUGGUGACCGGGAGCAUGGGAGGCUUGAUGGGUGAGUGGAAAAGGCGGGGCCUGGUGAGACUGGCACGGGGCUGCUGCGGCACGGCGGGCUCCCAGCAGAUCCGCGCCUCAGCAGCUUCAUCUCCCCUCAAAGGGAUGCCUUUCAACGCUGUUUACUGCGCCAGCAAGUUCGCGAUCGAAGGUUUAUGCGAGAGUCUGGCAGUUCUGCUGCCGCCCUUCGGGGUCCACGUGAGCCUCAUCGAGUGCGGCCCGGUGCACACUGCCUUCCAGGAGAAGGUGCAGAACGGCCCCGGCGCAGCGCUGGACGGCGUGGACGCUCAGACCCGUGACCUCUUCUCCCGCUACCAGCGCCACUUCGAGCAGGUCUUCCGCAAGGCGGCGCAGGACCCGGAGGAGGUGACAGAGGUCUUCCUCACCGCUCUCCGUGCCUCGCCGCCGGCCCUGCGCUACUUCAGCUGCGAGCGCUUCCUGCCCCUGGCACGGCUGCGCCUGGCCGACCCCAGCGGCUGCAGCUACGUCGCCGCCAUGCACCGCGCAGUGUUCGGCGACGAGGCAGCCGAGGGUCCGGAGGGCGCCCAGACAGAGGCGGGAGCCGGAGCACUGGGGGGCCCAGAGCUGGGUGCUCCUCCCUCUGCCCCGCAAUAAAGACUUGGUUCCUCACAGUCUCCCUCUCUCU